UUUGAACAUGUCAACAGACUCUCCCGAUGUCGAACAGCAAGCAGACUCGUGCAAUCAGCUCCCGAUCUAUCGCUAUGAUGGACGUGCCUUGGGCGUGGCCUUCGAGAAUGUGACCGCUCAGGGCCCCUACGGUGGUCAACGGACCGUGCCUGACCUCCCGCAGAUUCUCCUCGACAUUCUCCGCUCACCGUGGCAGCUCCUUCGAUCUACCAUCUCCCGACACACACCCGCUCGUCGCAAUAUCGUGCAGGAUGUCUCCGGGGUGCUAUUCCCGGGCGAGACCAUGCUGGUCCUCGGCCGCCCUGGAGCGGGUUGUACCACCGUGCUGAAGAUCAUUGCCAACACCCGCGAGUCGUUUGAUGCUGUCCAGGGGGAGGUACACUAUGGAGCACUGAGGGCGGAAGAUAUGACCGACGAGCUGAAGUCAGAAGUCGUCUACUCCUCGGAGGAUGAUAUCCAUUUCCCGACCUUGACCGUGGCAGACACCUUGGACUUUGCUCUCAAGCUACGAAAGCCGGCGAGCCUUCCUGGUCGUAACUCACGGUUCUCCGCCGAGUAUACACAGCGAUUGGUCAAUGCACUUGGUAUCGGGCAUACGAAAAACACCAUUGUGGGCGAUGCAUUCAUCCGAGGUGUCUCGGGGGGUGAGCGACGCCGCGUUUCCCUCGCCGAAGCGAUGACGAUCAACUCCACCCUGGUGAGCUGGGAUAACCCGAUCCGUGGGCUGGACAGCUCCUCGGCUCUGGAAUUCCUUCGCUUGGUCAAGCGCAUGUCCCGGGCGACGGGAAUGACAAACAUCGCUACGCUCUACCAGGUCUCGGAGGAUAUGUAUCAGGAGUGCUUCGACCGUGUUCUGGUAAUGUAUGAUGGGAGGAUGAUCUUCAGUGGCAGGAUCAACAUGGCCAAGCAAUAUUUCCAAGAACUGGGGUUCUACUGCCCUGAGCGCCAGACGACCCCUGACUUUCUCACCUCGGUAACCUCCCCGGUCGAUCGCACAAUUCGUUCAGAUUAUGCGGGCCCUCUCUACCUGGACCCCGACAGUCUUGCGGAGGCUUUCAAGCGCAGUACACACUACGAGCAACUCCAGAAGGAGCUGAUUCAAUACCAUACCGCUGCGCAGAGGGAUCCGAUUGCCUUGACGGCUCUGCGAAGCGAUGUUGGUGGUUUGCGAUCGAGAUUGACCUACAAACACGCCGUCGAGCCCGCGACAAUUUUCAAGCAGAUCGCGGUGGGCACCGAAAGAACCUACCGCUUGCUCUGGGGCGACUGGAGGACCCUGCUCACCAUUUUGAUUCUGUGUAUCUUGAAUGCACUCAUCACCGGGUCGGGAUUCUAUGCCGCUCCGCGCACCGCCGCGGGCUCGUUUGAACGGAGCGGUGCACUCUUCUUUGCGGCAACAUAUUUCUGUCUCAAUGCCUUGACUGAGGUGGGCAAAACCGUUAAUGCCCGCGCCAUUCUACUCAAGCAGCAUAAUAUGGGCCUUCUUCAUCCGGCCGCCUAUGCGGUAAUCCAGACCAUCGCUGAUAUUCCAUCCGCCCUGAUCCAAACCACGGUAUUUGCUUGCUGCUACUACUUCCUCAUCGGGCUCAGUGAGACUGCCUCGCAAUUCUUCACCUUCCUCCUCAUCAUUUUUGCACACUACUCCGCUAUUGCGACUAUGUUUCGCAUGUUGGGCGCCUGGGCUCCAGGUCUCAAUAUUGCUCAUCUCUUGGCGGGUUGUGCUCUACCGGUCGCCUGUCUGUAUUCCGGAUAUGCUCCACCUGUGCCCACCAUGCAUCGCUGGGGCUCCUGGAUCCGCCGCGUGAGUCCUACUCCCUACGCCGUGGAGGCUAUGAUUGGAAACGAGUUCUACCACAUGCAGCUCCAUUGCACCGACUCGCAACUGAUUCCUCACGGACCGGGCUACGAUGAUAUCCGCUACCAGGCGUGUCCCAUGGCAGGGGCGCAGCAGGGUUCAGCCUUCGUGGACGCCGCCGUCUAUGCAGAGACGAUGUAUGGCUAUACCCGCGCCCAUCUUUGGAGAAACUUCGGAAUCAUCCUGGUCUUUUGGUUCCUUUACACCGUGCUUGGUGCCGUGGGUCUGACCUUCAUGACUCGAGACAGUGGUAAUGCAACCGGUCCGGUAUACAAGCGUGGUGCCGCCAUCCCGCAGCGAGGCGAGAGGCCGAGGGAAAGCAAGGGAACAAGUGACGAUGGCGCAGCGGAGAAAAGGUCUGUCUCUGGGCAGUCAGAAACCGACGUGGACGAGGUCGGGGCCAGCCCUCUGCCGUGUCAGACUCCGCCAUCGGUGAGCCGUGCCUCGUUCACGUUUGAGGACCUUUGUUACACGGUCACGGUCGGAGGCGGGGAGAAACAGCUCCUGGAUCAUGUCUCUGGCUACGUCAAGCCUGGUCAGCUGACUGCAUUGAUGGGAGCUUCUGGGGCGGGUAAGACCACCCUUCUCGAUAACCUUGCUCAGCGGAAAUCCGAGGGCCGCACAACGGGCGAUAUUCGUCUCGGAGGCGCGCCGCCGCACCCGCUGUCAUUUGCGCGAUCCUGCGGCUUUUGUAUGCAACAAGACGUCCAUGAGCCCACUACCACGGUGCGAGAAGCGCUGCAAUUCAGUGCUCUGCUCCGCCGGCCUGCUGAGGUGCCCCGUGAAGAGAAACUCGCCUAUGUGGAGCAGGUGAUCUCGCUGUUGGAAUUGGAGAAGAUUGCCGAUGCCCUUGUGGGAAGCACUGGGGAUGGUCAGUUGAGUGUUGAAGAGCGCAAGCGGGUGACCAUCGGGGUUGAACUGGUAGCGAAGCCGGCUGCACUCUUGUUUCUAGACGAGCCAACAUCCGGCCUGGAUAGCCAAGCUGCGUAUUCCAUUGUGGCUUUCUUGCAGAAGAUCGCCGUCCAUGAGGGGGUCCCAAUCGUGUGUACGAUCCACCAGCCCUCGGGGGUGCUGUUUGAGAUGUUCGACCACAUCAUGCUGCUCGCGCCUGGCGGACGGACGGUCUACUUUGGCGAAACCGGGGCGCACGCCGCGACGGUGGCAAGCUAUUUUGCUCGGUACGGUGCGGUGAUGGGCCCUGCUGACAAUCCUGCUGAAUUCAUCAUCUCCACCGUCGCGGGCGAUCAUGCCAAGCAGAACUGGCCGCUCAUCUGGAACGAGUCGCCGGAGCGCCAAGUCCUCCGCGAGAAGAUCCGCGCCAUCAAUGCGACCCCCUUCACCCCCGCGCAUGCUGAGACGUCCGAGGACCAAGCUGGCGGUCGAUACGCCAUGCCGCUGGGGCAGCAGGUCCUGAUCCUGACGCAGCGCCACUGGAAGGCCGUGUGGCGCAACGGACAAUACAAUUUCAGUCGCCUGGCCAAGUCCAUCUUCUUCGAGCUGUUUGUCUCGUUUACCUUCUUCCACGUCACCUCCAGCACCUCCGGCCUGCAAAACCACAUGCUGGGCACCCUGCUGUGCACCUGGUUGAUUCCCAGCGUGGCGGCCGACGUGCAAGCCGUCUGGUACGAGAAGUGGGCGAUCUUCGAGGCGCGCGAGCGCAACGGUGUGUACGGCUAUAAGGCGCUGCUGGGAGCGCUGAUCCUGGUCGAGAUCCCCUGGUUCCUGGGCCUGUUUACCCUCGUCUUCCUUAUGACCUUCUGGACCUUCGGCUUCGCCAGCACCGCCAGCAUCGCCGGCGUUGUGUACGGCAUGUACCUGCUGUUCGCACUCUUCGGCCUCGGUUUUAUCUACCUCAUGGCGGCCGUGUUCCCCAACGCCACGAUGGCCGGCUACGCCAUGUCGCUCUUCUGGGUCACGGUCCUCAUGUUCUCCGGUGCCGCGAACCCCCACAGCGCCCUCAACGACUUCUACCGCCCCUGGCUCUGGUGGGCCGACCCGCUCACCUACUUCUUCGAGGCCACCGUCUCCACGGUCGUCCACGACGUGCAGGUGCAGUGCACGUCGACCGAGUUGGCGGUUUUCGAUAUCCCUAACGGUACCUGCCGCGAGUAUUUGGGUGCCUACCUCGACAGCAACCCGGGCUACCUGCUCAAUCCCUCGGCUACCCAGGCCUGCGAGUUCUGUCCCUACUCGGUCGGGGACGAGUACGCCCGCUCGCUGCACUUUUAUUUUGGGGCCCGCGGCCGCGACGCGGGCGUGUUCCUCGCGUUCUGCGUGACGAACUUUGUGCUGUUGUUUGGGGUGACUUGGUUGACGCGCGUGCAGAUGCGGAAGUGGCGGAGGUGAAGACGCGGUUGCAUGGACGGGGAGAUAUUGAGCCAGAGAGGAGAGUAAUUAUAUAUAAAACAAGAAAAAGAAGCUUCACGUGAGAACAAAUAAGGCUUAUAUCCUAUGAUGAUAGUGGUCGUAGCGAAAAGGUGGUUACUCGAAUCAGGUUACUAUUCGUAGGCGAUCGAUCUAACCAACCUUACGGGUG